UUUCCUGUACGCCACAAAAUUCUCCUUCCUCCCCUUUCAGAUCUUCCAUCAUCUUCUCGAGCUAUGAGAAUCAAAACCCAUCUCUUAUUUUCUCUUGUUCUCUUCUCUUUCAUCUGUAACUCCCUCUGUGCAUCCAAUGUCACCAAGACCAAAUCAAUUUCGUAUCUCCUGAACUGUGGUGUCGCUGAUGGCGAACUUGCCGAUUCAGACGGCCGUAAAUGGGGUUCAGAUUCCAAAUACCUCGAAUCCGCAGACGAUUCCAUCUCUGCCAAGGCUCAAACUCAAGACCCAUCUCUGCCUUCCACAGUUCCUUACAUGUCUGCAAGAAUUUUCACAAAGAAAUCCACUUACAACUUCAAGGUUUCCUCAACACAUCACUAUUGGAUCAGACUCCAUUUCUACCCAUCCGAUUACAGUAGCCUCAACGCUUCUGAUGCAUAUUUUGGGGUAAUCAUCAAUGGGAUUACGGUCCUCAAAAAUUUCAGCGCUUCCAUUACUGCAAAAGCUCUAACCCAGGCUUACAUUCUCAGAGAAUUCUCUUUCCCGGCUUCCUCAAACGGCAGUCUCCAAAUCAAUUUCUUGCCUUCUUCCUCACACAACGGUUCUUUUGCUUUCAUCAAUGGCAUCGAAAUAAUUCCGAUGCCGGAAUUGUUCAUAUCAGCGAAAAUGGUUGGUUACUCCGACCAAUCCAUUGAUGUUGGAACCUCAGCUUUGCAGACUAUGUAUAGGCUCAACGUUGGUGGGAGUUACAUUCCUCCUACCAAUGACUCUGGUUCGCUUAGCCGGACAUGGUUUGACGAUUCUCCAUAUGUGUUCGGUGCCGGCGUCGGUAUCGUAGACGAUAUCGGAAAGAACGUUCCGAUCCAUUACUCCACAGACACACCGGAAUAUAUAGCCCCGGUGGAUGUAUACAAUACGUUCAGGUCUAUGGGCUCAGAUAUGAAGGUCAACCAGAAUUACAAUCUCACUUGGGUUUUUACCGUUGAUGCAAAUUUCACUUACCUCAUUAGAUUACACUUCUGUGAGCUUCUUCUCACAAAGGUCAAUCAAAGAUCCUUUCAGAUUUUCAUCAACAAUCAGACGGCAGAUGAUGCAGCAGAUGUGCUCGUGUGGGCAGGUUCUAAAGGAGUGCCGGUGUACAAAGACUUUGCUGUAUAUGUCGAAGAUUCGCCGGAGGAUGACGAGGAGCUCUGGUUGUCAAUGCGUCCGGCCGUUUCGUUGAAGUCUGAAUUCUACGAUUCAAUGCUUAAUGGAUUGGAAAUCUUUAAGAUGAGUGACACUGCAGGGAACUUAGCUGGGCCAAAUCCUGUGCCGUCGGAGAUGAUGCUCGAGGCAGAGAGUGAUGAGCCCACGAGGGCUUUUACUCCAUCGUCAUCCAGCGAGAGCGCUCAUAUGAUUGGUGGCGCUGCGGGCGGCGCCGCUGCCGUUGUCGUCGCUGCUAUUUUCAUUGCUUUCUACCAGACGAAAAGAAGAGACAUUGGAGUUGAACGUUCUGCUAGUAGUUCUGGUUGGUUGCCUCUGUAUGGAAACUCUCACACCAGUAGUAGUAAAUCGACAAUCUCUGGUAAGAGCGUUACGAGUAGUAAUAUUUCCUCCUUGGCCAUAUCUCUUUGCCGGCAUUUCUCCUUGGCAGAGAUUAGAAAAGGUACCAAAAACUUUGAUGAGUCUCAAGUUAUAGGUGUUGGAGGUUUCGGGAAAGUUUAUAAAGGAGUUAUUGAUGGUGGAACCAAGGUAGCCAUUAAAAGAGCAAACCCAUCUUCAGAACAAGGAAUUCAUGAGUUCCAGACUGAAAUUGAAAUGCUUUCUAAGCUAAGACACAGGCAUUUGGUCUCUUUGAUUGGAUAUUGUGAAGAGGAUGAUGAGAUGAUCUUGGUAUAUGAUUACAUGGCUCAUGGGACUCUAAGAGAACAUCUCUAUAAGGGUAACAAAACUAUUCUUUCAUGGAAACAGAGGUUGGAGAUCUGUAUUGGUGCAGCUAGAGGACUUCAUUACCUUCACACUGGUGCUAAGUACACAAUCAUCCACAGAGAUGUGAAGACUACAAACAUUCUCUUGGAUGAACAAUGGGUAGCAAAGGUUUCAGAUUUUGGUCUCUCGAAAACUGGUCCAAAUCUGAAUCAAACACAUGUUAGUACAGUGGUGAAAGGUAGCUUCGGGUACUUAGAUCCUGAGUACUUCAGGCGACAGCAAUUGACGGAGAAAUCUGAUGUGUACUCAUUUGGGGUUGUUCUGUUCGAGGUAUUGUGUGCAAGGCCAGCCCUGAAUCCAACACUUGCCAAGGAACAAGUCAGUCUUGCAGAUUGGGCUUUACAUUGCCAGAAGAAGGGAAUUCUGGAAGACAUAAUUGAUCCUCAUCUCAAGGGAAAGAUCAACCCUGAAUGCUUAAAGAAAUUUGCAGAUGCAGCAGAGAAGUGUUUGUCUGACCAAGGGGUUGAUCGUCCUUCCAUGGGUGAUGUACUGUGGAAUCUUGAGUUUGCACUUCAAUUGCAGGAGAACCCAGAUGGAUUGGCGGACAGUGAUUGGAAGGGGACAGAAAAACCAAGCCAGGCUGAUAUGGGUAUCCAUGAUUCCUGCAAAAAAAAUUUAUUUUUUUGGUCACCCCAUAUAUUUAUUUUCCCUGGUUUCUUCUGUGCUUACCGAGUUAAUCACUCUAGAUCUGGCAACUUAAUCAAAUCUAGUACUAAGCCUUAUAUAUAUUAUACCCUUAUCUGCAAUUUCUAAUGACUGUAAUCUCAUAUUACAAAAUGUAUUGUCUGUAG